UUUGCGGGAUUUCGCUUAGGAGACAAGUUGUCGGUCAUCGUCAGCUCCGAAUAUUUAAUAUAGUAUAAAAAUCCAUAAGGACAGUAAGAGUGAGAGAGAGAGAGGGCAGAGUUAGAUCCAAAGUGACUUUUGAAGUGGCUCUCGACCCAAACACAAGAAGACAGACAUCCUGCGUGUGUAUGUACCAGUGUGUCCGCGUCUGCCUGAGCAUCUGACGAGGAGAAAAGAGACAGAGAGACGGUGCGGAGGAAGAGCAGCACCAGACUGUCAAAGAUCCUCUCCUUCCAAGUUUGACAUUUCCAGCAGGCUUUCAGGGGGACUUCAGAUCUCAAGCUGCGAUGGAGCUUCGGAAGCGCAAUGAAUCUGUAUUGGUUGGAGUUUACCUGUGGGCGAUGUUUUACUAUCAAGCUUGUCAUGGCGGAGUGUACCAGAGGAAGCUGUACCAUGACCUGAUGGCAAACUACAACCGUCUGGAGAGACCAGUCCAAAAUGACUCUGCACCAAUUCUUGUGGAACUUGGCCUGACAUUGCUACAGAUUAUUGAUGUGGAUGAAAAGAACCAAGUGUUGAUCACAAAUGCGUGGCUGCAACUGCAUUGGACGGAUAUUUAUCUGUCAUGGAACCCAGAGUACUACCCUGGGGUUCAGAAUCUCCGUUUUCCUUCCAAUCUGGUUUGGGUUCCAGAUAUACUCCUCUAUAACAGUGCCGAUGAGAGAUUUGAUGCCACGUUUCAUACGAAUGUGCUAGUCAAUGCAUCAGGAGCCUGCCAAUACAUCCCACCAGGCAUCCUGAAGAGUACAUGUUAUAUUGAUGUCCGGUGGUUCCCAUUUGAUAUCCAGAAGUGUGACCUGAAGUUUGGCUCAUGGACCCACAAUGGCUGGCUACUGGAUCUUCAGAUGAUGGAUGUGGACAUUUCUACAUACAUACCCAAUGGGGAGUGGGACCUUGUAGGUGUGCCUGGAAAGCGCAACGAGCUGUACUAUGAGUGCUGCAAGGAGCCCUACCCUGAUGUGACAUUCACUGUCACAAUGCGUCGCAGGACUUUGUAUUACGGCCUCAACCUGCUCAUCCCCUGUGUGCUAAUUUCUGGAUUGGCCCUUUUGGUCUUUCUGCUUCCUGCUGACUCUGGAGAAAAGAUCUCAUUAGGCAUUACUGUGCUGCUUUCUCUAACAGUGUUCAUGCUACUAGUUGCAGAGAUCAUGCCUGCCACUUCAGACUCUGUUCCUCUGAUUGCACAGUACUUUGCCAGCACCAUGAUGAUUGUGGGCUUGUCUGUGGUGGUAACAGUCCUGGUUCUACAGUUCCACCACCAUGAUCCGCGAGGAGGAAAAAUGCCUAAAUGGGUCCGUGUCAUUCUUCUGAACUGGUGUGCUUGGUUCCUCCGCAUGAAGAAGCCCGGGGAAGAAAAUAAAACAGCAGUGAGCUUGAGUAACCCUCCAACUUACAAAUACUCUCACUCUCCUCCUCACCACACCAGUACCACCAGCAUCCAAAUGACCACGAUACCAGGGCAGGCCUCCACCCAGUCGACUACUACCAACGGCAACAUGAACCUGUACUUUGGGUACCACGCCAUGGGAACAGGCAACCCCACUUUCCCACCGAGCACCGAAUCAGGCUUGGUGACAUGCGGCAUUGGCGAUGAAGGAGGCGUAGGGGGAGGAAACCACCUCAGUGGCUCUUCCCAACCGGACAUCCCCUUGGACCAUACACGGACAUUGCUGUUGGAGCAGAUCCCGGAAAUCUCGCUCAUCCUGGAAGAAGUGCAAUAUAUUGCUAGGCGAUUUCGAGAGCAGGAUGAGGGGGAGGAAAUCUGCAGUGAAUGGAAGUUUGCUGCUGCUGUCGUGGAUCGGUUAUGCUUGGUGGCCUUCUCGCUGUUCUCCAUCAUCUGUACCUUCACUAUACUCAUGUCAGCUCCAAAUUUCAUUGAGGCAGUGUCAAAAGACUUUACAUAGAGCUAAUUUCUUGCCUGUUUGAGAAGGAAAAGGAAAGUUGCUGUAGAAAGAAUCCAAACAUGAAUUAGUUUGUACUAUAUAAAGAUCCACAACUACUUCUAGUUAAAGUUGGUCUAUUCGUACAACCUUUGUACAUAGGAUAUUAUCGUGUCUUUACAUUUUUCUUUGUGUAUAUUUUCGGGAAGAUUUUUUUCCCUUUAAGGUGGCUUUCCUGGUUAACAUUGUGCAAACAGUAGGAUGUUGACACCUCAUUCUGUUGUUAUUAAUGUAGAAAAUCACUUUGAUGCACUUUUGAACUUUAUCUUUAUUGGACCACCUCAUUUACCUGCCACCACUGUGACUUCACGUCUUAUCACAAUAGCUUCCUCACACUCAAUCCUUUUUUCCUUUUUCUGUUUUCCCUCACAUCCCACCAUUUAUCCACUAUUACAAACGUUCACAGACAGUUUCUCAUCAAAAAACGUGUUUUCCUCUGUAUUGUAAUUAUGAUAAUUUUUCUUUCACAUUUUUUUAAUUAAUCUGUUUUUUGCUGUUUAUUCUGAAAAUCCCCACAAUGUGGGUAUACCUGCAUAUUAUUUUCUGCCUGAAUUUACCAGUGAAUUCCAGUUAUUGUGAAUAAACAUUUUAAAUAAGUGAAAUUCCUAUUUUAAUAUGAGAAUCUAAGAUAACUGAGAACCCCUUCACAACUGGUAGUAACAUCAACCCUGAGCAUUCCGAUCACAUCUGCAGUGUACUAAAUACAGAUGUGAAUGCACUCAAGAUGCAUUGAGGAGGAUCCCCUUACUGCGUUAGUUUGAAGCAGUCCUUCUGGGACAAACUGAAGGACAACCCACUGACAUUAUAUGAAUUCCCUCCAGCAGCAGGUUUAUAACCCUGUAAAACAAAAUAAUUCUAAAUAUAUGGAUGGUAAUAUUGUUGAGUGAUUUUUCUCUCUUCUAUAUAGAUUAUUUUUUUGGAGUACCUGCUGUAGUCACUACAUUAUAAAUAAGUCAUGAAAAGGACAUACUCUUCCCAUAUGUGGAAUGUCCCCAGCACAAUGUGUGUGAACUAAUAAAGUUAUGCCAGUGAUCCAUCUGCUGA